UUAUUCAUAAACUCCGAUUUUAGGUUGAAAGUGAGAGUGUGUUGACUGGUAAAAAAUCUUGGAUCGAAACAAAUGGAGAAAUCGGUAGCAACAGAGAAUCGGAGCGAAAGCAACGAACACUUGUUGGAUGAUUUGUCCUCUUCUAUUUCCGAAUUGCAACUUGACGCGUCCAAUGACAAGGUUGGUGUUACACAUGAUUCUAUUGGGAGUUCUUCUUCUGCUGAUGAUGACUGGGAAGCAAAAGCUGAUUGUGAACCUGACAAGUUACUGUCUCCAGUGUCCUCUGAAGUUUUAACUAGUGUGUCAAAUCUUAAAUUGGAGAACACCAAAAGUCCAACCCCGAAGCGACGUGGAAGAGGAACGUUCUCUUAUGAUAAUGAUAAACUUUAUAGUGAUCGGUUACUUGAUGGUUCGAUUAUUGACGAUGUUGAAGAUGAAGAAACUCGUUCUGGUUCAGAAGAUAAAAAAGGUACACCAAACUUACAAUAUGGGACCAGUCACGUUCUCGUGUUGUCUCACUUUUCACCAAGUACUAGAACAACAGACCUUGAGAAGGUUUUUGAUGACAUAAAAAAUUGUCAUUUUGUGAUUCGCUGGGUCAAUGAUACAGUUGCACUUGCAGUAUUCCGAACUCCUGCAGAGGCACUUGAGGCAAAAAGCAAUGCUCGAUGUUCAUUUAAUAUGACAAUGAAGAUACUUGGUGAAGAAGAUGCAUAUCUCAGUUCAAUUAAACCAAAUGACCUGAAACCACCUCAGCAAAGACAGAAAACCUCAGUCGUGGCAGCACAGAGGAUGAUUGCUAACAGUAUGGGGAUAAAGUUGCCCUCCCCCAGCCGUGUUACAGGCUUCCGGCAACAUAAAAAGGAAGAAGAUUCUCGAAAGGAACGCAUUGUUAACAGGCAAAAAUUGAAAGAAGAUGCAUGGGGCGAGGAUUAAUAUAUUUGUAGUACUACUUGAAUUGUCGUAGCUUUUAACUCCAUUCAUUGUAUGAAUAACAAUCAAUGGAUUCUAUGCUUUGUCUGUUGUUCACACAGAUAGCUGUAUUGAACGAAAGAUUCCCGGACAUGAAAUCGGUUUGCAGAUGGGCAUGUGGGUGGAAUUGAUGAUUUUGGGAAAUAAUUAGACUCAAACAUGUAAAGGGCGUGUACCAAAAUUUAAAACUUGUGUAUACUAGUAGUUAGAUGACUUGUUUUCCUGGAAAA